UCUAAGCCUUUCGAUUUCUCGGAAGCAACCGUCACGUCUCCGGUACCUGAUGAAGACGUGACGGUUGCUUCCGAGAAGGACGAGCUCACGCUUGGAGAAAUCAUCAACAUCAAGUUGGUGGAGAGUGGAGAGAAAGAUAAUCUGAUGGAGCUUGUGAGAGAUAGAUUGGUGGAGUCUGGUCGGAAAGAUGGGAUGAGGGUUGCUUGCAGGGAGCAUGUAAAGAAGAAAGGGAGAAAAGAUGUCGCAGUCGAUGAACUAAUCCGAGUUAUCACUCCCAAAAGCAGAGCUUCAGUACCAGAUGCUGUGAAGCAAGAGCUGCUGAACAGAAUUCAAAACUUCAUUGGAUCAGCUGCUCCUUGAUGGUUUUGUCUCCUUUUUUUUUUUUUUUUUUUUUGGGUCAAAGAUGGUUUUGUCUCUAUGGUGCGGUGGUUUCUAGUUUCUUCUUGUAGCCAACACUUAACCGGAGAAGAAUUAUAGAUUUUACCAAUUUAUCAUCUUUGCUGUUGUAGAAUUAGUUCUUUCCUAUUUCAACUCCUUUUUGAGCCAAAUGAAACAAUGCCAUCCUUAAAGAUACCAUUUAUGAUGAUUUAGGAGUACCAUAUGAGAUCAGAUCUGCUAGAUCCUUGGUUUGGAUAAGCAUCUGGUUUGGAUAAGCAUCUGGUUUAGAUAAGCAUAAGAUGAUGGCUUUAUGCUUAAAAGUUAAACUUGCUAUUUAAAACAUUUGUUUUUCCCUUGCACAAAGCAAACACAAACAGUAGCUCAUACCAUUGGUUUGGCUCUGUUAUUUAGUCUCACUUUCUCUCUACAUAAAUUGUUUGUUUCAAAUCUCUCACAAAGCACAGACACUCACACAUUAGACACAACAA